AUGGAGCGCGGUGGCGGCGGCGCCGCUGUGGACCGCAUGCUGUUCGCUUACAGACGGGAUGCAGUUUCUGCCGCCAAGGCCGUUCAACAACAGCAACAGCAGCAACAGCAGCAGCAGCAGCAGCAGCAAGCCGGCGACGAUGAAGCAGGGUUAGCGCUACAGCAAUCUGACGAUGCGUUUGAUGUUGUGUGCUUGUGGAAGCAGGCGCUGGAGAGGCAAUUCGGGCGCGAGCAUCGACACACCAAUGCAAGGGCGAGAGAGCUCGCCAACCACGCACUCAAGUUCAACGACGUUUGCGCAACGCUGACCUCGGCCUGGCUGGCACGAGGAAAGCCAUCGCAUCUCCUCGUAACCUGCGACAGCUGCGUUGACAUGCUGACGUUGGCCAGAACCACUUGCGAGGGCCUGUCAGGACUUGAAGCGCCAUCGCACAACGACACAAACGCAGACACUGGUAACCUGGGCGCUGCAAAAGCCAAGCUCACAUCCGCGCUUCAGCAAGCCCUUGUUCGCCGCGUGCAGGUGUUUGCCACCGCCGGGCACAUGCUCCAUCUCCUCCCAGACGCUAUGCGCGACCUGGUCUUGGCUGUCUCCGCGGCACACCACGGCACUGACGCAACAGCCCUUCUCCUUGAAAUCGACGCGGCAGCCAUCCCACACUGGUUUGCAGCGAGCAGCAGCAACAGCAGCGAUGACAACGACAGCAGUGACAACGACGAGAACAAGGUCGCAUCAGCUCAAGCUGCAACCGCGUUUGUGACAGAGUAUGCAGGGCUGAUGUGCAAUGUGUUGAAGCAAGCCAUGAGCACGCUGUUCCACCGCCCACCACGCAAGUGUUUGGCGCCGACCGCAGCCAUCACACAGCUGGCGGCGCAUCACGCCUUGUUCAAACUGCACGCACACGUACAGCUUGCUGCAGACCCCAAACACAGCCAGAACAGCAAGAACAAGGACGUGAGCGGCACCUUGCGCACGUGGGCGAAGGAACUUCGAUCCUUCCUCGACGCAGCACUGCGCAGGGCUCGUGAGCAGGAUGCAUUGGACGCCACUGCCCAGUCCCUUGCAGAAGCGCUGCUCUUCUUGCACGGCAUGUGCAUGCUGCACGCCGCCAGCAACGGCACCGAGGAAGAUGAUGGCAACGGCAAUGGCAAGCGCCCCACAGCCACCCUGUUUGCUGGUGCGUGCGGUGUUCUUGAGCGGAUGUGUCUCGCGCUUCUGACGCACGCCGGGCGUGAAUCCAUCGCCGAGGAGGCAGCACAAGCCAUGCAAGCCCAGCACGCCCACAUUUCCAGGCACAGCGAACGCGCCGAGAACGUUGUCGAUGAGGAUCAGGGGCAGCGCAUUUUCUCUCACGCACAAGAACACCAACACAGUGGCGCAGAUAAUGGACAGGAUGGCAGCAAAACUGUGGCAGCAACGGCCCCCGAAAGUAGUCUGGAGCAGCUCUUGUGUGACAUUGACUUGUUGGUGCAGUCCGUCUCCAGCAGUCCCGCGCCAACACAAGCAAUUCUCGAUACGGCCACUACUAUCGCCACCGCACUCGAAGCCUUCGGCCCUCAGCACGACCUGUCCACCGCUCUUCUCUCGGAUGUCAUCACAGGCACUUCCAAGGCCCUGGCCCUCGCAUAUGGCCGUGUGUUGCAGAGCAAGGAGCGAAGCGGCACAGACGCGCCUGUGUGGUGCCGUCUUGCCACGGCAGUGAACCAGCUCUCUCAACACUUGUGCGACGCUGCUGAUACGAAAACCACCGCGUGGCUGUGCCAGGCUCUCUGUGGGUUUGUCCGAGCAACUUGGCCCAUCGUUACUGCUGCAGAAGACGGAGGCGAUGGCGCCGCCGGUGAAAGCCUUUCUCGAGGCAUUGCCUGCAUGCACCUCUGCAUCACCACAGACAACCGCUCAUGCUUGGCAGAGGAUAAUGUGAGCACGCUGCUGUCCAUGUUCGACACACUCGCGUACAACACUGCCCUUGAGCUCUACCGAUCGCGCCAUCGUCGGCAGCGCCAACAGCAGCAGCAGCGCCACGAACUUCCUCUGUUGUGUGCGGUGCUCUCGUACUCCGCUGCUGUGUGCACCCACCAAUCACCGGCAAGCGCCUCUGCAAUCAAGCACAGGGCAGCACGCCGUGAUCUCAUGACAAAGCUGGCGUGUCGAACGCACGGCCAAGCAAAAGGCACUGCGAUCAAGGCUGUGCUCGCGUGCAUGGGGCGAACUGACCAGCAGGCGCGACUGUGCGCAUGCGAAGAUGCGGCUCUAGUCUGGUCUCAUGUGCUUUCUGCAAACACCUCGCUCAUAGCGAUUGACACCGGUACAUCAGACGCGCCUUGCCAACAGGAGCGGUUUCGCCUCGCAUGGCAAACGCAUGAUGACACCACGGUCGCACCACAGCCAACGGCACCACUUCUUCCUCACCUGCUCAGGCAAUUCCUCACUGAUGCGCCCGGUCCCAGCAUUGCCGCUCUACUCGAGACACUGGCGCACCACAACCCAAAGGCUGGCGCGUCCCGGGGUGCAUUCAUCCUCCUGCUUGUAGUGCUCGAGCACGCGUUGGGCGCGAGCGAGGGAACACGUGGCGGUCGUGUCGACGAUGCAGUCCCAAGCAUCACUUUGAACACCUUGACCAACGUUGUGCUGAACAUUUUCCACUACAGGCUGCAGUUGGGUGUGCCAAAGACCACGGCUAUUGCGGAGAGCUUGCUGUCCUCGUCCCUCCAUGUGGUGUUUGAGAGUCUCUUAAAGCAUAUGGACACUCUGCUUGCUGCAAUGUCACCGUCGUCGCAAGGCGUCACUGUCUCAACCAGCGCUGCGCGGGCCCUGCUUUUUGCUGAUCCGACAACCGGUCUUGAGCCCAAGCCUUCGUCUGGCCUGGCCCCAGAGCUUUGCGCCUCCCUGUGCCUUCUCUUUGCCAGCAACUACGACGCGACAAACAUGGGGCUGUGGCUGAACCAGUUGCAGUGCGUGAUGCAAGAUAAGGAGGAGGGGUGUCACGAUGACUACGAUGAGACUGCUGUCGUGUUCUCCCUGCUGCACAGACACUGGCUCUCCCUCUGUUCCACACUGGGCAUCACCAGCAACCACAACCACAGCAGCAGCUUGAGCAGCAAACGCAGUGAAGACAAUGUGACGACAGCACAUGGUGUCGCAAACACCGCCCGCAAUGCAGCUGUUGAGGCGCUCACCGCUGCUGAGGAUGAGCUGGAUGCGUGUGUACAGCAGCUUGAAAGUGACGCACCGCACGUUGCCUUGCAUUCGCUGCUCGCACGCGUGGAAGCGGGCACCUCCUUGCAGGCCACGCUGGACGCGACGCGGUGGCGAACAGUGUGUGCUUUUGGCCCUCUGGUUAACACGCGCGCGGUGCUGCUGCUGGGGCGGUGCUACGAGCACAUGGGCUGGGUCAGUCAUGCCACAGCGUGCUUUCGCCGCCUGCAAACGCAAGCAGGCCGUCUCAGCAGCAGCGGCGUAGACGCUCUUGCCCGCUCCCACAUGGCCGACGUGCUGCUGUGGGCUGGGCGCGUUGACAGCGCACGCGAGGUACUUGACACACCAGCACGUCACGUCGUCGAAUGCCCCACGCUUCCAGCACCGAGCAAAGACAACGCGACUGUCUCACCAACUGCACCAACAUCUCCGCCCUCAUCCGCACCGGAGCCCAUCGCCUCCAUGGCAGCGUGCACUCGGGCCGAGGUGCUCACACGCAUGGGGGAGGCGACAGGUGCUGCGCUGUGCAGCUGCAUUGCCACAGCAGCGGCAGCCGUUGUGAACACGCAACAACGUGUCAGCGCCAUAAGGAACAGCUUGGCACACGACUGCUUGUCCACCUCUUCUCGUGGUGAUGGACAGCCUCCCACGGGAUGUGACGCGCACAACCAACACCUUCUUCCAUCUUGGCUGAGACUGCUUGCGGCUCGUGCACGCGUGAACGUGCACAACGCACUCUCCCACCAGGACACAGACUCUGGCGAUGCAGUGGACGCCAUGACCGCUGAGGUGAACAAGCUCAACAUUGCAGACAGCAACCACCAGCAGCAGCGGCAGCAUGAGGGGCAGGUGCAACCCAUCCAAGAGCAGCAACAGCGUCGACAACAGCCACAUUGCGGCCAGCGUCGCACGGAACGCAAGGAGGGGCGACGCGACACGACAAAGACGAACGAAGCGACACAGCGCCGGAGGAAGGCGGGCAAGAAGUGCACACCGCACGACGCGAAUGAUGAUGCCAGUGUGAGCUGUGACAAUGAGAGUCUGGGAAAACGCGAAGCUGCGGCCGCCUUUGACGCUGAUGUGCGUCGCAAAGCGCUGUCGAAGAUGCUGGUGAAGGAGCUGAAGCCGAUGCUGAGGUCAAAGGGACUGAAGGUGUCGGGGUUGAAAGCAGAGCUGGUGGAGCGAUUGUUGGAGGCGGAAGCAGAGGAGGUCGAUGCCGCCGCCGUCGCCGCUGCUGCUUCUGCUGCUUCUGCCGUUGCAGAUGCUAACGCAGAUGAUGCAGAGGUACAAGAGGAGGAGGGAGGAGAAGAAAACGGAGGAGGAGCAGAAGAAGGAACGGGGAGCGAGGCGUGUAGUGACAAUGACGGUGAAGCCUGCGAAGACUGCCUUGAUGGCAGCGAUGAUGUGAUGCAGCGCCCACAACUCGAGCUGGAGAAAGAGGAGCGGGACACGACUUAUGCAGAACACAUGCGCAGCAGCCGAGUCCCUCUCUGCAAGGAGGAUACAAUGCACUGGCUGCAGCAGCACGCCAACCACCCUCUCGUAACCGUGACACCUUCUCCCGAAGCAGAGUCAAACACGGAGCCGCCCCCAGCGCAGGAGGUCAUUGCGCAACAGUGGAAGGCGGUGAAUCAGCAUUUUGCCUGGCGAGUUCAGGCUUCCGCUCAGACGAACAACAAACGCAAGCACUUUCAAGCAGCAGCAGCAGUAGCAGAUGUGUGCGGACAAGAUGCGUCUGUGAAGCAGAUUGCGGCAAGUUUGCCGGUGGGCGUGGCGCUGUGUACGGUGUCGCGCCUUCAAGAAAGCACGCUGUUGCUGUCACGGGUUGUUCGGAGAUGUGACGGCCAAGUGGAGAGCAUUUCAGUGCCAGUGGUCGCCGACACCUGCGAUGCAUGGGGACACCAGGACGAUGAAGACGCCAUGAGCUGCGAGGAGGACGGAAUUGCGAGCGGACCAGACGCGGUGAUGGGCACUGCGGGCCGUCGAAGAAAACCGCCAAAGCUGGAGCUGUUCAAGCUGGAGGAGGAGGAUGAGGAGGACGAGGACGAGGAGAAAGAGGGGAAUGAGUGCGCUGGGUGUGCGGAGGUGGGAGAGGACACAGAAGAGACAGUGCAGACGAGGGUACGUCGCAACAGCAGCAGCAGCAGCGGCAGCGGCAGCAGAAGGCGAAUGAGAACACGUCGAACGUCAAGGCGACGCGUGUGUGAACAAGGGCUGCGGAGCGUCGUGGAAGGUGACAUCAUGGGCAGCAACGAGGGGUCAGCCGACAUGAAAGUCACACAGUUUGGUCACGUGCGCCGGCGCUUUGAACCCCUCGUGGCGACGGCAACGACAUGCCAACGGCCUCGUCAACCGAGGAGCACGAACAACCGUACCACUGCCCGUGGUAGCGAUGGCGAUGGUGAUGCUAUUGCUGAUAUGGUUGUGCGCAUGGCUGGCAUCAUUCAGGACAACAAGGCGUCGAUUGCAAUGGACGGCAGCACGCCGGAGGGCCGGCGGCGGUGGUGGCAGACGCGUCAUGCACUCGACGCACGACUGCAGCGCUUGCUUGAGGAGAUGGAUGAAGGCGUGCUUGGCCCGCUACGUGGCCUGCUUGGGGGCGAAUACAGGAACCCUCAGCUCAACAACUUCAUCGACGAUAAGGUGAUCAAGCUUGAACAAGAGCUCGGCGUGCCUCAGCUCCAGCGGCCGCUGUUGCGUGCGCUGGUGUCCACUGUGACGGAGGAUGCGUGUCGAGGUCGAGCGUUCAGUGCUCAGAGAUGGUCUCGCGUGGCACAUGGCCGCCUGCUUCACACCACAGUUGACGAUGCACAGAACAACCUCGCCCCUGUGUUCUCGAGACUACACACCGACGCCCGCGCGUUUGCUCACGAGGUGCUUGGCCUCCCGACAGAAGCAACGACAAGCGCAACAGGCGGUACGACAGCAGCCGCUGAUGUCCCGGAUACACCCAUUGCCUUCUCCCGCUCGAGAAAGGGCAAGGCGCGCGCGCGUGUCAGGAGUGCGGCCGUACAAUCCAGUGCAACAGCGGACACGGCCGUGCGACGCAAACACACCUCAGCCCCGGCGUCACUGUUUGGCUUUGAGAGCGACCCUGAUGACGACCACGAGCCAGUGGGGCCCGGCACCGCACAGGGCAGCAGCAAUGGCGAUGGCGUUGGCGCUGAUGCAAUGCGAAAGCGACAGGAUCUUGUUGACAGUGCGCUGCAACGCGAACACACGCUGCUGUUGCUCGACGGCGAUUUGCAGAUGCUGCCGCUGGAAUCCAUGCCCUCUCUCCGGUCACAGCCCGUGUCGCGUCUUGUGUCGAUUCAGCACCUGCAGCACUUGCUGGCGCUACAUGAGAAACAGGAUGGUUGUCACGAUCAGCAGGACAUUUGCACUUCCGUAUCUCUCAGCAACUGCACGUUCAUCAUCAACCCCGCAGGCGACCUUUCCGCCACACAAGAACGCAUACUACCUGUGGUGAAGCGGCUUGGAUGGAGCGGACAUGCUGGGCAGGCCGUCACUGCAACGCAGUUUGCCGCGGCUGUGGAAGGGGCGGAUGUGUUUAUGUUCUGCGGGCACGGAUCCGGCCGCAAAUACAUCCAGAGCGAUCAAGCGCGCCGGCUGCAGGCGCGCCGCGGGAUCAUGCUGAUGAUGGGCUGCAGCAGCGGCCGCCUCAAUCCACAGGGCUACUACGAUGCGGACGGGAUGGUGCUCAACUUCAUCGAAUCUGGGGCGCAGGCCGUUGUCGCCAAUCUUUGGGACGUCACCGACCUGGACAUUGACAAGUUCACACUCCACAUGCUCCAGGACCUGGAACGCGUCAAGACAAGAAGUGGUGGUGAUGUGCCUGAAGCGUGCAAGGGCCUGUGCGACCUUGUGGCAAAGGCGCGGCGUGAAUGCUUCCUGGCAUACCUCAACGGUGCUGCACCCGUUGUGUACGGUCUGCCCGCACACUUUGUGCCUGCAGCGUGAGCAUCCUACGUUACUUGUUGUUUGAUGAAACACGGUAGUGGUAUUGGUGGAGGUGUUGGCUUGAGAUGCAGGGUUGCUCCCUGCAUGUGUGCAACACAUUGUUUGUGCAAGUGCGUUUGAAGAUAACUGCCCUAAGGAGUGGUGUGGCUCGCGUUGAGGCCUUGCUGCGACCACCAUCUGCGUUGCGUGCUGUCCUGAAUGGGAAAAUUGUCUACUCGUCGUUCAUAAAGGAAGUGCUGAAGUG